AUGGAUGCACUUAUCAUGGGAUGCGUAAUUUGUGGUUUGGGAGGUGCUGGAAUGUAUUUUGGAUCCAUGGCCCUUCUAACGCAAAUGACAUCGGAACGAGAGCGGCCGCUUUUUCUGAACCUCGUCGGCAAUCUGGUCGUCGGCGGCGUUUGUGCUCCGGUCUAUCUAUUCCUCCUUCCUGUCCUCAACCCACAUCCAGGGCAAACUAUUAAGCGACGAGCUGGAGAAAUUGAUUACAUUGGCGUUGUAUUACCCUGCGGCCUUAUCUUGUCUAUUGGUAUGGCCAUUUCUUUCGGUGGAGUUGAGUAUGCGUGGAACUCAGGACGAAUAAUCGCCCUGUUUGUCAUCGCCUUUGUUCUCCUCUCCGCUUUCCUAGCUCAGCAGAUUCUGUCAAUUGGAACGAGCGUCGAUAACCACAAAUUCCCAGUUCCGUUCCUCAUGUCUAGUUGUUCUUUGAUUGUGCUCUUCCUAGAAAUAGCCUGCGCAGCCACCUGUGUCCUCGUUCCAGUCUACUUCUUACAUCUAUACUUUCAAUUCGUCAGGGCCAACUCCGCAAUCCUUGCUGCAAUACUAAUGCUACCUUUCAUGGCUUUCCACACCGCGAUUGCUAUUUUAUCGGGUUGGCUCGUCGCAGAACCGGUUACUAUGUUCCAUGGUACAUACUUGCGGGCAUAA